AGUUGUCUGUUGUUCUCACAACCUGAUUUACCUCUUUAUUUGCUCAGCCCUUGAGAUCUAUACGUAAAUAGCAAAGAUUAUUGAAUUUUGAUCGUUACAGGUUUGGUGGCUCCGUUUUGUUUCAUUACUACCGCUGAACCAUUCCUGCAUGCUUCUUUUUCUUUCCAACUUCUAAAGCGCAAAGCGGUUUUUACACAGAAAUACAUGUCAUUGCGACGUGAAUCUAUAAGAGCGUAUCGCGAUCUCUACAGUGCGGCUGCGCGGGCUGCUCAAGAUUGCGGUUUGUACAACGGUCCUGGCCUUCUACAGUACGUAUCGCAGCGAUACGGUAAGGAGGCAGAUUUGCACCGUCGUCAACUGUCUCAGACGCUACGAAGACUUGAGCGCCAAUGCAAGUCACAACCUCAAAAGCAGAAGCAAAAUGUUUCUCUUGAGGUCACUAGGCCGAAGAUUCUCAGUCAAUACCAACGGUACAUCUCAUCAGAAAUCGACCGGAGCCGAGCACUGACCCAAGCUCUCAUUUUAGCACCAGACAAUGCUGCUCUCACUUCGGUUCUGCAGGCGCUCUCUUCUGGAGUGGGAAACACAGCGUAUCAGCAGGCACUCGAAGCUAGUUUUCUCUCGUUUCUAGAAUUUGUGGAAAAACAGGCCUCACGCGAUGAGGUGGCUGAUGACGCGACGAGUGAACGUCAAAACCGCAUCAUGCUACAAGCACUGCUUCCUUUCGCAGAACGGCUCUUACUUGUCCACCGCACAGCCAUAGGAGAGCAAAACAGGGCGAGCUCCUUGCCCUACCUCACACCGUGGCAAGUAACCGAAGCGAUUGUCGGAAAUCGUGGCGGAGUUUCCGCGGUGCAUCUUCGCGUUGGUAGAGACCACAUUGUGGUUGAGAUAGAUGAGACAUACAACAAGCAGGUGGUAUACAUUUGUUGCACACGCCGUGAAGGUGGCGACUCGGGGAGUUACGAAUGGGACCAGGAGGUGGAGCGCGUUGAAAUCAGCGAGAGUGAAGAGGUGCAGAAGACGCUUUUCCACAGCGCGUUUUUGUUUGCAGCAAGCCGCAUGUGCGAUACGCUUCUCCACGAAUCUCCGUUGCACCCCACACGAACCACCGUGGUUGUCGGGCACGCUGUUGGGGGCGCCGUGGGGCUCAUUUUGUCUCUCUUGCUUGCGCAGCGAGGGUUUGAGGUGGCGAACACCGUUUCCCUUGGUGCCCCGAAGGCGUUACAGGGCACUUUGGAAAGGUACAUUACCGCCGUCAAUCCAGUUCGUCUAGUGCUGGCUGGAGAUCCACUCGUCGAACUCCCGGUCACCGGAGCAGAGGGCGCGCCUUUUGUCCAUGUUGGUGAAAUUCUGCUCCUCUCUCCGCCCGGCGUCACUGCUGAAGGAGCACCAACAAUGCCAAAAGAAACACCUUCUUCAUCUUCCAAGCUGUCAGGAGCGCGUCGCGUUGAUGAGGACGCGGCGCCGUCCUCCUCCUCCUCCUCGCAGAAUAACGAUUUUGCAGCGGAGGCGUUGAACACGAUGUUGAUGGAUGAGGCUAAUUUGGACAACCGUUCCUCGCUGCUUUCAGCAGAGAAGGCGCCUGGAAGCUCGGCGGAGGUGGGUCGAGUGGAUGACGAUUCAGAUGAAGGAGACAGCGCAGAGAUGCGAAAUGUCGCGGAAGAGCGGUACCGGAAGCAGUUUCUAGUGGAAGAUUAUGUUCACCACAUGCGGAACCCGCUAGUGGAGUUGACGUACGCGGAGGGUGAUGAGGUGUGGGACGAAGGUGACUACGAGGCGACGAAGCGAUCAAAGCAGACGGAGCCGAUUGUUACGGCAGAAGAGCACCGCGUACGUGACCUGCGAGGACCCCUGUGA